AUGGCCAGGUUCGCCCGGCAUGCGCUGCAGGCGCAGCUGACUCCGGAGGCCAUCGACGAGCUGGUGCCCAUCUUUGCUGAGCGAUGCCACCAGCUCGAGGCGGUGAUCAGUGCCAAUCCCGAGCAGAUCGACAUUUUUGCUUGGGUAGAGAAGGUCACCAUGGACACCAUUUGCAAUGUGGGAUUUGGCCAUGACUUGAAAUGCAUGGAAUCGGCAGAGAUGCCUCCCCUUCUUCCACUCUUCGAAGAGGUCCUCGAAAUCAGUAUCAACUCCAGCCUGUAUGGUGCUUUUGAUCUGCUUGGGACACGGAAGCGAUGGUUCGAGGGGCAGCUGAGCAAGUUGGAUGGCAUGUUGGAUGAGAUCAUUGAGGCGACCAGGGAAGGUCGAGGCUCUGGAUCCGAGAACAGCCUGCUGUCUCAUCUCAUCAAUGCCAAGUGUCCCCUGACGCAGCGGCACUUCACCCAGUCUGAGCUUCGAGAUCAGCUGCUUACCAUGUUGGUCGCUGGGCACAAGACGACAACGCUUCUCUUGACUUGGUCCUUGUAUCACAUCGCACGGAACCCGAAGAUCGAGAAGAAGUGCUUUGCUGAGCUGCGGCAGGCCAUGCCGGGCUGUAUGUACUUGUUGGAAGUCCAUGACUUAGCCUUUGAGCCGCAUCGGCCCAGCCACUCUACAGCGGUCCGUCUUGUCCAGUCUACUGGACAAGAUGUUCGGGAACGUGUGACUGGCUAUGGUGGUGGAACGCCCGUAGAAGGUACUGUUUUUGUUCAACAAUACUCAACAACUUUACUUUGGGCCAGUGAGCCUUGCCCUGCCCUGAUGGGCUCAUGGGAUCGACCAAUUCAGCGGGAUGAAGUUGUGGAUUUCUUCCUCCCAUUGAUGAUCCCUCCUUCCACAGUGGUCUUUGGGAAUCGCGCGUUAAAGCUGAAGGUCGAAUCCACACCGUGGACUGUAGCUCCUGGUGCACAUAUUUGCGCGAGCGACCAGAAAAUGGUGACAUGGGCUGCAGGAUCUGGUCUUGGUCCCUGGAAUCCCUGCAGUGAAGUAGGCCCCGUCACGUUUCUGACUGGAACCGAUGCUCACUAA